AUGGAUGAAUUUCAGACCUUCCUAGCGAGUUUAGGUGAUUAGCUAUCGGCUCCCAUUUCUGAUGAUUAUAGAAAGUAAUUCAAGAUUAGAGGAGAGUUCAUCUACCCACAAAACAAGAAGUUUGAUCAGAUUUGUUAAAGGUUUUGCUAAAGUUUCUAAGUUAGCUUUUUGGAAGAUGAAAAAUUACGAAGCAAACGAAAAUGGGAUAAUUCCUUUAAACUAUUUUUAAUAUGGUUUCUAGUUAAAUAUUUUGAGAAGCAAAAUCAAAUUGCCAUUCGACCGGAUGCGAGGGAUUGGAUUAUUUUUGAACACAUUCUUAAAAUAGAUAAGCACACCUUAUAGCAAAGAUGGAUCACCUUGAUAAAUCCAUAGAUGAAAUCAACCAAUUGGACUUAAGAGGAAGACGAUUUUAUCAGGAAUUAAAUGAAGUAAGAUCAAAAGAAUAAGCAUAUCUGGACGUAGAUUGCUGUGUCUCUUUAUGAGAAGAAUUUGCAAGGGCAUAUUCGAACACCAAAAUAAAUUAGAGAGCGAUGGAUGAAUUAUUUAAAUCCUGAAUUAAAUAAAGAACAGUGGUUGCUCAAAGAAGAUUUGAUUGUUUUAAAUAGUGUUGUGAAAAAUGGAAAAAAGUGGUCGUAAAUUUCACAGUAAUUGAAUGGGAGAACUGAGAAUCAAGUCAAAAAUAGAUACAAGUCAUUAAUACACAAAAUAUGCAAGGAUGAUGAAUGUGAUGAAAUAGAAAUGAUCAAACAAUACAUCAGAAAAAAUUCUGCGCAUAUGGAUUCAAAUAAGUAAGGGAUAAUUGGUAAGAGAGGCAGACAUAAGAAGGGAAUGAGAAAUAAGGAACAAAAAGCAGAUGCUAAAAAACAAAAAAACAUACCAAAAAUAAUAAAAUAGGAAGAACAAUAAUCUCAGUAAUCUUUUGUUUAAUAAGCGUAAUAAUAAAUGUAUGCAUAAUCUUAAUAAUUAUAAUUGUAAUAAUAAAUAUAAUAAAAUUAAUAAUUACAAUAAUUGUAGUAGUUACAAUAAUAGAUGAAUUUUAAUCCAGAAGAAAUGAAGUUGGCAUUAAACUUACAAUCCACUUUUAAUUAGGAUGAUUUGAAAAAUCCAACCCCUUUGAUGAUGUUAUAAUGUUUAACUUCUCCAGGAUAUCAGUACUUUGAGAAUCAAUGUUUGAGACAAUUGUCUCCUGGAAUUGUUGAUGAAGGAGAUUGUCAUUAAAAUUCAUCCUUACAGUUGCCGAAAAUAGCCAAUAUGUAUAAGGUAAGUUCUGCAUCUCCCUUCAUAAUUGGAUCCAUAUUGGCUUCUCCAUUUUUGGUCAACGAUCAGUUCGUUCAAUAGAAUGAGGAUCAAGUCGGAGCUACAUCUAAUUAAACCUUCACUCAAUAAAUUUCCACGACGCCAUAUUUAAAUCUAAAUUAUUUGAGACAACAGUAGAUGAAUGGGUUCUCUAAAUAGAAGGAUUUGGAUUUACUAUAAGAGAACCCUAUUUAAUCAUUCAAUAAAAGAAGGAAUAUUAAUUAAUAGUGA